UGCACCGCCCGGCCCCUCGCUCCGCCCGGCGGGGCUGAGCGGGGCGGUGCCGCAGCCGAUGCCGAGCUCGGGUCCGGGCAGUGCCGCGGGCUCUCCGCCGGCACCAUGGGCCGGGACGGGCCGUGGCUCAACCUGUCCGGCAGCGCCUGUGCGGCGGGCGGGCCCUUCCCCGCCGGCACGGCCGCGCUGCUGGCCGCGCUCAUGGGGCUGCUGGUGCUGGCCACGGUGCUGGGCAAUGCCCUGGUCAUUCUGGCCUUCGUGGUGGACCGGAGCCUCCGCACGCAGGGAAACUUCUUCUUCCUGAACCUGGCCGUGGCCGACCUGCUGGUGGGCGGCUUCUGCAUCCCCCUAUACAUCCCCUACGUGCUGACGGGCGAGUGGAGGCUCGGCAGGGGCUUGUGCAAGCUGUGGCUGGUGGUGGACUACCUGGUGUGCACCGCCUCCGUGUUCAACAUCGUCCUCAUCAGCUUCGACAGGUUCAUCUGUGUCACCAGAGCGGUCAGCUACAGGGCUCAGCAAGGGAUGACCAGAAAUGCAGUGCUGAAGAUGGUGACUGUAUGGAUUGCUGCUUUUCUCCUCUAUGGGCCAGCCAUCCUCAGCUGGGAGCACAUUGCCCAAAAGAGCAUCCUCCCUGAAGGAGAAUGUCAUGCAGAAUUCUUCUACAACUGGUAUUUCCUAAUGAUUGCCUCUACUGUUGAAUUCUUUACACCUUUCAUCACUGUUAUGUACUUUAACUUAAGUAUUUACCUCAACAUCAGGAAACGCACACUGCUCCGAAAUGAAAACCUCUCACUCGGUCAAGAGGACUGUGAAAUGAAUUUCCAGGGGGAAAAAAGGGCACACUCUGUGUUUUUUGUAAAGCCAGCUAACAGAGACAGACAUGAGCAGGGAGCAAGCAGCCUUCUUCCCCCAGGGAAGGCUCCAAGGCCUGAGGCCUCAGCUGAGCUGGGCAAACACCCACCCAACCUGAGUGCCAGCCUUGAGCUCCCACCCCUGCAGGUGGGGGUACAGACCAGGCCUCCCAGGAAUGGCUUCUGCCAAGCACCACAAAGCCUUUGCCAGCCCAGCAGCAAAGUGGACGUUGCUAACAUCAUGGCAAACAGAUUCAGACUGUCCCGGGAUAAAAGAGUAGCCAAGUCCUUAGCAGUGAUUGUCUGUGUGUUUGCCUUGUGCUGGGCUCCGUACACACUGCUGAUGAUCAUCAGGGCAGCCUGCCAUGGGCACUGUGUGCCCUACUCCCUCUAUGAGAUCUCAUUCUGGCUCCUCUGGGUCAACUCAGCCAUCAACCCCGUUCUCUACCCUCUGUGUCACAUGAGCUUUAGGAAAGCCUUCAUAAAACUCCUCUGUCCACGAAAAGCCAAAAUUCAUCCUGACAUUUUGAUGUGAGAAGUAGGAAGGCUGAAAAUUAGUACAUAUUAUAUUUGCUGGGAACACCAAAAAGCAAGUAUUGCAAUACCUGCAAAUAUUUAUGGAAUACUGGUAUGAGGCACAAGUGUAGAUAUUUAUGAAUAUGUAGAAAUACUGUCAUCCAUGUAGCUGGGAAAAUCACAGCAAUGAAAAGAAAGGUCAUUUUUCAAAGCUCUUUGGGAAAUUACACCAACAGUGUAUUUUCUGAUAAUGGUGGACUACUGUUGAAGUGCUGAAAACAAAAAAUAACUUUCAUGGCUAAUAAUUAGAGUUCAGGCUGUCACUUUUAAUAACUGUAAAUAUUGCUGGAAUUUCAUAAAGCAUUAAUCUUAGAUGUGUUAUAUCUUGUCCCAAACCCACUUCAAGAUAUCAAGAAUCUCAGUUGUCAAGUCUAGGAUGCUUUCCCUGCCUCCUCUCAGUGGCAAGUCAAAUAAGGCAUGACCAAAGAUAAAAAUACAGGAAAAGCAUGGGACAGGAGGCAGCACAACAGUGAUGUUACCAGAGAAGCUGAGCAACUGUAGCAGGUAAGGGAGCCCUGAUGUGAGGGAAAAGGUGAUGAAAAUAGAAGAAAGUGGAAUAUUUAGUAGAACAAAGUCCAGGAACAGAAGUAAAAAGGGUUUUGAGCUUUUUAAUAGGAGAUACAAGAAUUGGUGACUUACACACUGGAAGAGUUUCACUAGGAGUUCCCUCCCUCAGCAGUGACUUCCUGCCCCCACCAGGGUCCUGCAUGGGCAGGAACCUACUGAGGUCAAAACUCCACUGCUUACAGGGCUGAGGGUAUUACCCUGUGCUUUGCAGUAAGCCUAAGUAGUCUAUGAGAUCCAUGACAGAGCUUUAGGUAAACUUCCCUUUCAGUAAUUUUUAAAACAUUUACAGCUGGACCUUUACUACUUCUGGCUAGAUUAAAAAAAAAAAAAGUGUUGUUCUCCCCUACCUCACCCGUUGAAUCUUUCCAUCCAUCAAGUCACAAGUAAUCAAGAAAGUAUCACUUCAAGUGUUGGGCUAUUUCCCAGGUUAUGCAUCAUGACUGGCAUGACUCAAAGUCUGUUCCAAUCCACAGCCUUGCUACUGCCCAGGAGUCUCUGCCAUUGUGCCUGUGCCACAGGAGCAGCUCACACAGCUGAUUCUGAGUCUGGAGUAGGUUUGUCCCACAAGGUAUCACAUGAGCAUCACUAAUGAUACAAGUUUGUUCCACCAUCCCCAGCAUUUACUGCACAACCUAACAGAUGCUUUCCUUUGCUGACAAGUGAUAGUUACUGAACAGCUCUAAUUGUCCAUUGCCAUAGUCAAAAUGCAUGGGAAUACAAUUGAUCUUAAAAGUUUAAAGGCAGUAAAAUUAUUUACUUUGUAAACUUUCAAUAAAAGUAAUUAAGAGGUG